AUGCUCCGCUCCCUCCUUCUUUUCUCCUUCUUCCUCCUCCUCCUUUCCUCCGCCACCGCCCACAGCGGCCACGGCGAUGAAGACGCCGGCGGAGAUGCCGGAGGCGGCUCUUCCCCUUCCCCUAACCUCCGCUCCAAGCCGCUCAUCCUUGUUAAGAUCGGCUGCCUCAUUCUCAUCUUCUUCGGCACCUUCAUCCCUGGAAUCUCCCCCUGUUUCUUCAAAUGGAACGACGGAUUCCUCGUCCUCGGCACUCAGUUCGCCGGCGGCGUCUUCUUCGGCACCGCUAUGAUGCAUUUCCUCUCCGAUGCUAACGAGACGUUUGGCGAUUUGACUGAUAAGGCAUAUCCAUUCGCGUUUAUGCUUGCUUGUGUAGGGUUUUUGAUGACCAUGGCGGCGGAUUGUGUGAUUUCGUCUCUCUAUCGUAAACAAAACGCUGAUUCUUCCACUGAUGUUGAGCUUCGAGGAGCUGCAGGUUCACCCUCAAAGUUUCAGGUCCAAAAUGGCAGCAAUGGCCAUUGUCCACAUCCACCCGCAACUUUCACGACAAUGGGUUCAUUUGGGGACAGCAUUUUACUGAUUGUUGCAUUGUGUUUUCACUCCGUCUUCGAAGGCAUCGCCAUUGGAGUUGCAGAGACCGAAGCCGACGCUUGGAAAGCCCUAUGGACGAUCUCCCUCCACAAGGUCUUUGCAGCCAUUGCCAUGGGCAUUGCUCUCCUCCGAAUGAUCCCAAACCGCCCUUUGUUGUCAAGUGCUGCCUAUUCCUUUGCUUUUGCCAUCUCAAGCCCCAUUGGCAUUGCCAUUGGAAUUGUUAUCGAUGCCACGACACAAGGCGGGGCUGCAGAUUGGAUAUUUGCCAUCUCAAUGGGACUGGCUUGUGGAGUGUUCAUUUAUGUGUCCAUAAACCAUCUGCUUUCAAAGGGAUAUACCCCUAAGGAUUCAGUUUUUGUGGACAAUCCAAAUUACAAGUUCGUUGCUGUGCUUUUAGGAAUUGGGGUUAUAGCUGUUGUGAUGAUUUGGGACACUUGAUUCACAAAAUAUAAAAUAGUGAAUGCAUUAAUACAUCUAUUGUAUAUUAGAGCUUAAAGUUUAAGAGCUUUUUUGCAGCCAAAGUUUUGUUCGAUUUUUAUGUAUUUUCUUGUGUGUUAGCUAGUUACUGAGAUUGAUUGCUAGCAAAUAAAUGAAACAUCUCCCUUGGAUUUAGUAUG